UAGUUAAGGAAAGGGGAGGACUAGGGUGGGAAUCAAACUCCAAAAAUUUAGGUUAUAUACAUCUAUUCUUCAAAUCUUAGGUGGAACCCGCUAACGAGUAUGAUCAAUGAAAUGGUUUUGUUGCAUAUUCCCCUGUUUUUCCUUCAGUUUUGAUUUGGAAAAAAACCAAUUAAUUUUUUUAAUUAUUAGUGUUUAUAAUUGAGCACGAAAACACAAAUGGGUAUAUUUUUACUAAACUCUUUUAACACUAGUUAAUGAGAUAUUUAUAAUCGUGUCUCGGUGACACGACCUCAAACAAAACAAGUGACAAACAGAGUGAAGAUCAAUUUUAGAGAAAAUGGGUGAUCAUAUGGCGUUACUAGUGAAUCGGUUGCUAACAGAAUCAACAAUGGAUGCUGUGAUUUCGAGUAAAAACCCGAAAAGGAAGCAUGUUGAACAACAAAUGCCAAAAGAUGAUAUUGAUAUUGAAGAUGGCAGGAAAUUGGUAGAGUGCAGAAUUUGUCAGGAUGAAGAUUUUGAUUCUAAUAUGGAGACUCCUUGUUCUUGUUGUGGCAGCUUAAAGUAUGCUCAUCGUAAAUGCGUACAAAAAUGGUGCAAUCAGAAAGGCAAUAUCAACUGCGAAAUAUGCCACCAGGCCUAUAAACCAGGUUAUACGGCACCCAAAGUUCUAAUUGAAUAUGAGCGCAUUCCUAUGAGUUUAAGCUGGCAGAUAAGAACAGAGUUGUCAGUUUCUUCCGACUUGGAGGAGCCUUCAUCGAGAAGUUCCAUAAGCCGCAUUGCGUUUGUAAUUGUUAUUUUUGUCGGUCUCUUGAUUUUACGCCAUAUGCUGCCGAUCAUACUUGCUGUUGCUGAUGGUGAUGACAAUUUUCUUCCCCGAUUCAUUUUCGCAGUGCUGCGAAUACUGGGAAUUUUAUCGCUUGUGUAUUUGACGAUGAUAGCGGUCACUCGAAUUAGACGAUAAAGAAACCCUAGAUGAAACUCCUAAUAGAAGUAGUACAUUGGGAUUUCAUCGGAUGAAGAAGAGAACGAUCACCAAGAUACGCAACGUUCUUACCGUUUCAUCCGAAUACAUUGAUUAUUUAAAAGAUCGAGAUUAGGGUUGAAUAAAGUUUGAUCCAAACCGCAAAUCAUAAUUUUAGUAUUCGGUUUAGUUUUUUAUUUAAAAAAAUUACAUUUACAGUUUGGUUUCGAUUUUAUAUUUUUCAGGCCUAACCAGACCGAAAACCAUAAUUUUUAUUUAAAAAAAUAGGUUUGCUAUCUAGAUAUUUUGAAAUGUAGUUAUUUUUUAUAAUAUUAUACACUUGGAUGACAUUGAUGCAAUCAAUUAAUUACAAAUUAUUAUAUUUGGUGUUUGAAGUUGCGAAAUAUUUGCAUAAAAUAGAUAUAUUAAUUUGGAAAAAAAUAUAAAAAUACAAAACUUAGACAAAUCGGACUAGACCUUUGUAGAAUGAUUUGGUCCAAUCCAGUCUGGUGAUUUAAACGGUUUGGUCCAAUCUGAAAAAUUUUAAGACCAAAAUUUAUGAUUUGGUCUAAUUUUAGUGUCAGAUUAAACCAAAUCGAACUGCGUGCACCCUUAAUUGAGAUUUUUCAUUAACAGAUAACUGAGUGUUCUCAUGAGUUUAAGAAAUUAUGUAACGGAGAGAACAUUGUGUAGAGCUACACUUUCAUUGUUCAUUUUUUAUGCAUCUAAUAUACUUUUAUAACAUUUCAUUACCCUAGCGCAAUUAUUUACAAUGAAUUUUUAUUACCUACUCAACUUAGAGUUAGAGAUAUUUAAAAUAGACUUGACGACCUGAUAUUUUAACCCGAUUAUAUAAUCAACCUGAUUUGCCCUGACUUUAAAAAUAGACGGACAAUUAUGUUAAUAUUUA